AUGCUUUUGAUCGACGGGAAUAACCAGGGCAUACGCAACAUGCAGAACAGCAACGAAAUCGCGUCUGAAAACGAGAUUGAAGACGACGACAUGAACCUAGGCGCUGCAUCCGAAGCCCAGAUGGAAGAGUUGUUCAAAUACCUUAUGUCAUUGCCUUGCAUGCAAGGUCGCUCUGAAGAAGACCUCAGUAUGAUAGAGGAGCUCCUCUCUCCGGAGGAGCGUCGAUCUGUCGCGGAGAAGUUUCCAUGGCUUCCUUGGUCGACAUCUGACCCUGAAGAAGUCGUCCAGCCGCAAGAUGAUUCCCUUCAUUCUAUCUCAUCCGAUCCGGAGCCGAACUUGUCCAGCACUGGGUUAACGACGGAGGAGCAUGCGAGUGCUGUCUCAGAUGUUCUUGAGCCAAUUACAAAAGUCUCUUCACAGCCCCCGGCCGCCAUGGAAAGCUCUUCAAGGAGUAUCGGAAUCAUUGAAGACGGCGAGAUACGCUCACAGUCUGUGCACCAGCAGAGCAUCAAUAAAACACGUCUAGGAGCUGGGCUAGCCACCACCACGGCCCCUUACUCCGCUCCAAGCUCCGAAGCUGUCCUUUCUUUCGGAAAAUUCGUGACUCAUUCAGAUGAUGACAACUCAUCAGAAGUCAUGUGGGAAGGAGCUUUUCCGCCUGCCACCGCCGGUAGUGAAGAUAAUCGUUUGCCUGCCCAACGUACUUGUCAACACGUUUCAGACUACGACCCACCCUCGAAGAAACGCAAGCCAGCUCCUACACAAACCACCGCAAUGUUUAGAAAUAGAGUUGUGCAUGCGACGGCUAACCUACUAGAUGACGAACCGGAGAUACAGAUAGUGGACAAUCCUUUACGGGACGGCUUUUCCACUCCCAUGGUGCGGCCCCUUAUCUCAGAUGCCAACAUCGGCCGAGUUCGGAUGGCGCCGUCUCUACUCUCCGUUCGUACGGCUGAAGUAUUUGCUGGUCCGUCAUCUGAGUUGCCCGGCCCGAACGGCUUGAACGCCUUGGGGUCUCCCAUUCGCGUUGUGACCAAAACCAACCCUCCCGCAUCGCGGCCAAGGGGUCCAGUAGUACGCAUGGAGGAGGUUCGUGCUCUCACCAGACACCUUUUUGAUAUCAACCAAAUCCGCUCAAGUCGACGGGCUGCCGAGGAGAGACUCUCCGAUGCCAAAUCCGCAGGGACUUUCACCAAGAAGCAAAUCGAAGAACUCAACCUCAUAGUACUUGGGCACAACCCCAAGCUCCAAGCGAAGCUUGAUGAAUAUAUGUCCGUGUAUGAGGCCCCCUUCAAGCGUCUCUAUGGCAAGCGAGUGUCCUUUGAGACGGCUUUAUUGAAGCUGAGCGACGAUAUGGCCCAUCAGAGACGAGUUCAGGAUCGCGUCAAGAUACUCGUGGAGCAGGUAGACAAGUUAACCGAGCAAAACAAGCAGUUGUUGAGCACUUUGAAUGCGACUGCUACUAAAGCAGAAGUAGACGAGCUCAAGAAGAAGGUGGAGAGCCUGAGUUCGAAUGGCAGCGGGGGAGGCUACGGUGGGCGGGGAAGGGAUCGUGGUGAAGAAGGCCACUUCCGCGGUAGAGGGCGCGGGAGUCAUGGCCCUUCCUCUCGUGGAAGCCAUGCAAGCGGUCCUUCCCAUGGAGGUUACGGUGGCGGUGGAUUCGGCGGAUCUCGCAGCAUCGGAAACCAGCCCCCACACCAGUUGACCAGCGAUCGGGGAGGCACAUCUACAAACACAGGCAACGCAUGGGUCGGUGAGUCUGGAUUUGGGAACUCAUGGAGUGAUACGCAGACUUCUGGUGUAACCCCAAUGCUGGCGGCUCCUGUUGCAAAGACUCCUGAAGGAGGAACUUCCAUGGAGGAUGUCAAGGCUGUUGGAGCCCGAACCAUGCGAGUGCUGGAGCAGGAGCCACGGGCACGACUGGUGGUGACACAGCAGAGUGGGGAGAUGUUCCAACGGCGGGCGCCGGUUGGAGUGCCUGUGCUGCUGCAGAUCCCGAUCCAGGCUGGGGUGGAGCCGGCGCGGCUAACGGGUGGUGAUCCUAGCCUCUUUGACAUCUUGGCCGAUGGAACGUUACCUUCCAUUACGCGUCUAAAUCAUUCACGUUGUAUGCUCAUUGCCUUCGGGUUGCCAAAGAGAAGUCCAUGUGAGAUCCACCAUAAGAGUGCACAGAACAAACAUGUGUACUGGGUUGAUGCAAUGACUAAGAGUACGGACUCUUCCGCAUGGCGAGCAUGUCCUUGUAUGGGACUACUCUAUACGCGGAAGGACCUCUUGGACUUGUGCCGAGCAACGUCUCUACUUCCCGACACGGACAUCUCUUGCCACCCGGGAAGCCAUCCGAGCCUAAUGGUUCUUUCAUCAGACAAUUUAAGUGGCGCCAGCGUUCCUAUUCAAGACGUCAGAGCCGCUGAAUAUCGUCCUUUCCAUCAGGCACGCACACGGCAAGCGCGUGAAAGCUGUGCGGUAGAAGUGACACUUACCAACUUUGCCACCGCUACGGCCUGCUCCAGACCCUUCGCCAAGUGGCUUGAAAUGUGCCUCCCACGUAUGGACGACAACAGAUUGCUUGCCUAG